AUAAAUUCGAUAUCUACAUUCCAAAAAAUUAUCAUCCGGAAAGUCAAAGUUGAUACUCUCUUAUAGAUAUAAAAGACUUAGUAAAAUAAUAUUUAAACCAAUAAUUCGGCAUGUCGAGUGUAGUCAAACCGCCGUCUGCCAACGCUGGAAGUGGAAAUGGAGCUACCACGUCCGCAAGUGCGACUGCAACGGCAGCUGCGGCCGCAUCCAGUUCGGCGUCGUCAAGUAGCAACGUGCAGGAAUUUAAGAUUCGAGUGCCCAAGAUGCGCAAGAAGCACCAUGUGAUGCGCUUCAAUGCCACACUUAACGUCGAUUUUGCGCAAUGGCGAAAUGUGAAAUUGGAGCGGGAGAACAAUAUGAAGGAAUUUCGUGGCAUGGACGAAGAUCAGCCGAAAUUUGGCGCUGGAUCGGAAUACAAUCGGGAUCAGCGCGAGGAGGCACGCCGCAAGAAAUUUGGCAUAAUAGCACGGAAAUACAGACCAGACGCACAGCCCUGGAUUUUGAAAGUGGGCGGCAAGACGGGCAAGAAAUUCAAGGGUAUUCGAGAAGGCGGAGUCGGUGAGAAUGCAGCCUUCUAUGUGUUUACUCAUGCUCCAGAUGGUGCCAUUGAGGCCUAUCCAUUGACUGAGUGGUACAACUUCCAGCCCAUCCAACGCUACAAGUCCUUGUCGGCGGAAGAAGCUGAACAGGAGUUUGGUCGGCGCAAAAAGGUGAUGAAUUACUUCUCUCUUAUGUUGCGGAAGCGUUUGCGCGGCGACGAGGAGGAGGAGCAAGAUCCCGAAGAAGUAAAACUGCUAAAGGCUGCUACCAAGAAGUCCAAGGAGUUGAAAAUUACCGAUAUGGAUGAAUGGAUUGACUCCGAAGACGAAUCCGACUCCGAUGAUGAAGAGGAGAAGAAGAAAAAGGAGCAGGAGGACAGCGACGAUGGUUCUGGCAAGAAGGGCAAGGGCAAAGGCAAAAAGGGUGCUGACAAAAAGAAGAAAAAACGAGAUGUGGACGACGAGGCGUUUGAGGAGUCCGACGACGGGGACGAGGAGGGACGUGAAAUGGACUACGAUACUAGCUCCAGCGAAGAUGAACCGGACCCAGAGUCCAAGAUGGUCAAGGACAUGAAAGGCGUGGCCGAGGAGGAUGCAUUGCGCAAGUUGCUCACUUCAGACGAAGAAGAGGAUGAAGAAAAGAAAUCAGAUGAAUCUGACAAGGAGGAAGGAGAUGAGAAGAAGAAAAAGGAGAAAAACAAAGAUGAGGCCGCCAAGGACAAGAAGAAAAAGAAACAAUCGAAGGAUGAGAAGAAAUCAAAAACAAACAAUGGCAGUGAUUCGUCAACGGAUCUCAGCUCAGACAGCACCGACUCCGAAGAUGAUCUCAGCAAUGGUCCGCCCAAAAAGAAAUCAUCCGCCCUUAACAAAGAUAAAGACAAGGACAAGGAUAGCAAGGUCAUUUCCAGUGGCAGCAAUGCAAAUAAAUCACGAUCAGCCACGCCCACUCUAUCGAAUGAUGCCAGCAAACGCAAGAUGAACAGCUUGCCCAGCGAUCUCACCGGCUCCGAUACCAGCAACAGUCCCAAUAGCACACCAGCAAAGCGUCCCAAGAGCGAGCUCAGCAAUUCGUUGCCAUCGUCAUUUGCCGGCGUUGUUAGCAACAAAGUGGAGGAUUAUGGAAUCACCGAGGAAGCCGUGCGUCGUUAUCUCAAGCGGAAGCCCUUGACUGCCACUGAGCUACUGACGAAAUUCAAAAACAAAAAGACUGGUGUCUCGAGUGAUCGAUUGGUUGAGACAAUGACCAAGAUUUUGAAGAAAAUAAAUCCCGUCAAGCAUACCAUACAGGGAAAAAUGUACUUAUGGAUCAAAUAGAAUUGACAUUAAUUGAGUUGUCAUUGCCUAGUUAUGGGGCCUAUUUUAUCCCAACAAUAAAUAUUAACAAGUUUUGUAAUACA